GUUUUGUGCACGACCUCGUUUUGAGAAUUUUUGGUUUGUUUAGUUUUGCCCUGGAAUGAUUCACUUUGCCUUCGGUUGGUGGGCGUUUGUUUGAAAGCUGUUUUUGGUUAUCUUGGCGAGACUAUGGCGAAGGAGAGGAUUGAUGAGGAUUUGGAUUUGGACAACGUCGGUGUCAUUCGAGAAAUUUAUGAUGACAGCAAUGCAAACGAGCACUUCGCUCAGGAGCUGGAGCGCAUGCUGGAGGAGAAGCGUGAUGUUAUUCUGAUAGAGCCGACCAAGAUCGGUGACGAGGCGGCCAAGUGGAUACGCUUUGGGAACUUUCUGCACAAGGGCGCAGUGGUCAGUGGGGCGUGCUGCCUGCUAUGCCCGCUGCUGCUGCCCGGCCGUGUGGCCAUGGUGCACUACCCCCUGGGGUUCAUGAGCGGAGCGUGCGCCAUGCUGUACGGCAUCUCGUGGCAGAGCGACCCUUGCUGCAAGUACCAGGUGGACCUGGACGGUAGAGUCAUGUCACGGCUGCGUGUGGAGCGCCUCACCACCGCCAGCCCGCUGGUGCUCGUGCGGCGAGACGACCGAGUGCGAAAAUACCUGCACAACACCGUGUCCGGCCUAGCUAUCCUGUACACGGCCGUCAAGGCGUACGAGUGGUGGAACGGCUCAUGAAGGCAAGCCACCCCCGCCACCAUGCUGGGGGCAUCGACCGCGUUGGUCGAUGUUUUGUAGAGAACGGAGGAUGAGUGUGCUGCGUUGCGAGCGAGUGGCCUGGAACGUCCUGGCGGUCCGACAUCACCGCAGGGCAGUGUAGCGUUAGCGAUCGUCUUGUGCGCCGCCAAGCUCGGCAGUGUGUGUGUGUGUGUGUGCUUUCGUGGCAGUGCGCGAGUGCAGUGUACGUCAAGUCGCGCGAUUGCGUGACUGUGCCACUGCAGACCGCCUGUGUACAACAUGCUACAGUGCAGUGCAGUGCAGCAGAGUCUCUCCUCCAGUGUAGUAGUAUUGCAACGUGCCCAAAGACAAGGAUAUUGCUACUUGCAACAGCUGUAGCAGCAGUAGCAGUAUUGCUACCACUGCUCACAUGUGCAUAGUCAGCUGGCUGCAAUUAUUUAAAUCUGCCGCCUCGCCGUUCGGCUGCUUGAUGCUUGAGUGCUGGCUGCGGCCAUGUUUUACCAUGGCAACCCUGAAUGCAUCUCACCCGUGCUCACCAAUUCGGAUGGAUUGGAUCUGGCGUCUGUACUGGUAUGGACAGACAUUGCUGAUCACGUUUGCGAGUAGACAUGUGCCAAUGUGCUGUGCCUCUUCGAGCUAGGUCAAUUUAACGUGGAGUACCUAUUUUACCGCUUUUAUGCCGCUGUGUUAUCCUGUUCACCCGCCGCCAUGUUUGUUGUAGAUUGUGUUUUUAUUGUUGUUGCCUGUUAGCUGUUUGGAGUACUGUGGAGAUUGGUGUAGCCCACUGUUCUCAAAGGUAA